AUGUCACCGCCAUGUCAAAUCUGGAGGCCCAGUAUAGGUCGGAUGGCCAUGUAUGCGCCGAGGCACACGGCUCCCGCAACCAAGUACUUUGCAACAACUGCUCAUCAACGAGACCAGACCAAGACACAUUCCGGUCCUCAGAAUGGGGGUGAAGCGAAAACGGACUCGCAAAAUGAAUCAUCAACCGAAGAAGGAGCCAUGGCCCGUCGACUAUCCCAAAUGACCGAGGAUGCGAUUGUACAAGGUGGACGUUCUGCGCAACGCAACAUUGAGAAUGCUGGCUUCUCAGAGGAGCUCAAGCGGCAACUGGAAGAACGAGUCAAGGCGGCCUCUUUCAAGAGUGAGCAUGCUGCGGCGCAUUCUAUUCUCGACAUGCCGUCUAGUGCCGGCCAGGGAACCCGGGAGACAGCCGCCGCUCCAGUCUGGUCUGGUACAGAGUCCCUUCAUGAUUCUGCAUUGCGCAUGCUCGACGACGCCAGCAAGCCAAUUCGAACCCCAUUCAAGAUUCCCCAGCCGGUGAAUCUGCAACCCGCCGCGAAACCAAAGCGCUCGACCGGAGCCCGACUGGCGGCCGCAAAGGACCGGACCACAAAAUAUACCCUGAGCCAAGCUCCCGGCCUCUCGGAUGAUCAGCGCGCCGCCAUUCGCAGCGAGAUGAAAGAAAAAUUAAUGCCGGGUGCCCAAGCAAUGCCCAUCUCUCUCCAUGGUCUAGCAUCCCUCGCGAACGAGCGCAUCGAGGACGCCAUUGCGCGAGGGCAGUUUGAUAAGAUCAAGCGAGGCAAAGGCGUCAACACCGAGACCGACCAUAAUGCCAACAGCGCUUUCAUCGAUACGACAGAGUACUUUAUGAAUAAGAUCAUCCAGAAGCAGGACAUUGUCCCGCCCUGGAUUGAAAAGCAGCAGGAGCUAGCGUCAGAGCUGAGUCGUUUCCGACAGCGCAUUCGGACGGAGUGGAGGAGGCAUGCUGCUCGCUUGAUCGCCAGCCAGGGCGGCUCCUUGGAGGCACAAAUGAGGCGGGCCAGAGGGUAUGCCGCGGCCGAAGCACGUCUGGCCGAGCAAGCUAGGAUGGAAGCUGCUCUGAGAGACACCUCUAGCGAGAAGAGGGUGUCGGAUAUCGCAGCCGAUGGACGCAUCAGUCCAACGUCGUCCUCGUCGGAUGUCCCCUCUGAUGAUGUCGAUGAUGAAAAAGAAGACAUCCCCCAUCUUCCACCCCUGCGAGAUGAAGAUUAUAUCGCUAUAGAACGAGCAUAUCUUGAACUCGCUGUGAAGCAGCUCAAUACCAUCGCUCGCUCAUAUAAUCUACAAGCCCCGCGGUCAGCUCAAAAGCCGUAUAUCAAUCUUGACCGUGAGCUAAGGGCUUGCUACGCCGAAGUCGCUCCCCAGCUCGCAGAAGAAAUUAGACGACGCGCAUCCGAGCGAGCGCGUCCAGCGAUUCCCGUCUCGGCACCCAAGUCCAGCGUGUUUGGAUCCAUUGGAACAGCACAAACAGUACAGGUCUAUGAAGAAGACAAGAACAACGGUGCUUGGUCCUCCUGGCAAGAUGCCGAGAUCACAGUCAAGGCACCGUCCGGGGUCUCGUCCGCGCCUGUGACUGGCUGCCCGCUGGUGAUGGGGGUGCAUGCGGGCGCUUAUGGAGAACCAACAACAGGCCUCGAUGGCCAUCGGCAGGCGAGAUACUUUGGGCUGCAGCCUCGACACACACAUCACACUGUCACAUUUGGUGGCUCAUCAUCUUUUAUAGCGAUUUCCCUCCCCAAAGCUCCCUACCGCCUCGUCAGCUUUGCGAACAGAAUGCACCGCUUGCUCUACCUCAGACUCGACCCGUAUCCCCGCCUUCAGAUUUCCUCCUCUUUCUUUCUUCGCCUUCUGGUGCACUGCCUGUCGGUCGCCGUGGUUUCCGGAGUAGCAGAAGCAGAUCAUCAUACAAGAUCUUCGCAAGAUCCUCCGCCACUGAAUAAGGCGCUGCUGGGGAUUCAAAUCGGGAGCAUUGCGGGAGCCUACUUGGUCUUCGUCGCAGUUCUCCUCGGCCUGUUGCUGCUGGUCGGACGGCGACUUCGCCGAACGGUUCAGUCAUCGAACUACUCACUUCAAAUGCACAUUUUACAACCAGCCAAGCAGAACCUUAGCCUAGAUCCUGGUUCCGAGUACCCCAUGCCGCACACUCAACCCGGCCAGGCCGCUGCUGGCUUUGAAUCAUCAUGGAACAAAUUCCCAAGUGCCAACCGGCCCUCUCAGAGUUCCUCGACACACGGCAGCGUAGUAACCAUCGAUGAAUCCGUCGUCGCGUCCGAUCGCCAGCGGGCACAAGACCAGAUGGCGAUGCUGUACGCUGCAGUGCUGGAACAUGACGCACAAAAGUCCGCGAGCGGCCACCUGUCGGUGAGAGAUUCGGAUUCCCUGGCUCAGUCUCCAGACAGCCAGUAUACGAAUCCCUUUACCGACCGCCAUGCCUCGCAGCAACCGCUUAGAGAAUCCUACCAAGAGUCGCUCAAGUCUCCCAAAUCGAGUGGAUCGCGUCUGACCAAGCUCUUCAGCUCCAAGUCGAGCUCGCAGCCGGACGGCGGCAAGCUGCGAUCGCCACGGCUACCUUUGCGGAAAUUGGGAAUCUCCUCGCCGCUGGCGUCACCAGACAUUCAUGUUUCUCACACAUACGGUCACGAUCAAGUGCCUCUGUCGCCAAGACUCUACAAUCCCGGCCCGCCGCCAGCAGCGCCUCGUGCAGAGCCCCCCGUCGCACACAUUAUGCCUCCACCCAGUCGGGCUCGAGCGGCGCCGGCGCCUCUCAACCUGGCCACUCCCACUUCGCCACCUCACAAUCAGCAAACCCCCUCAAGCCUGCCAUUCCGUGAGGCCUAUCCCCUUCAAAGCGCUCCGCCUACCAAGACGACCAUCCUGGAGCGCCCAACGAAGACUCGCAAUGGUCCGGCCACUGGCUUGCCGACUCCUUAUAGUGCCUAUAUGCCGUAUACGCCAGUGACACCAUUCACACCUGGGCGAGUAGUAACAAGACGUGAGCGUCGACGCGAGGAGCGGGAAAAUGGCCUCCGUGUGCUUAAUGAAGAUGACUUGGUCAAGGACGACACGGAUAUGUGGGGUUGA